AUGUCUAAUAAACGAAUUCGCAACUCAAUCGUCGACGCGGAAGUUACGAAUAGUAACUCCGAACAGGUCGUAACACGACGUAAACGAGCGCGUUCCGCAGUUGAAGUUGAAGACAACGACGACUCCGGCGAUUUCGCCUCCACACCGGAAUCCUUGGAUGUAGAAAUGGUCGAUGUCCAGCCGUCUCAAGUUGGACAAUCGAGACCGGCGCCUUGUGACCUUUCUCUUGUGGCUGAAAUGGAAAGAUGCCGGUUAAGGAACAGACCUACUAACGGGACGACUGCUGAGGCUGGUGUUAUCGAUUCAAUUGAACUCGUUAAUUUCAUGUGUCAUAAAUACCUUAAAGUCAAUCUUGGUCCAAAGAUUAAUUUUAUAAUUGGCCAUAAUGGAAGCGGCAAAAGCGCCAUUCUUACGGCGAUAACGGUUUGUCUUGGUGGGAAAGCUACAACCACGAACCGAGCUUCAAGUCUCAAAUCACUCAUUCGGGAGGGAGCAAGCAUUGGGGAGGUCGUUGUGAAGCUUCGUAACGGUGGUCCGGAUGCAUAUCGACCCCAAACCUUCGGUGAUACUAUCACCAUCGAACGCCGCGUAACCCGCGAUGGUACUGGCAGCUACAAGAUAAAGUCUGCUGAUGGAAGACUCAUUUCUGCUCGACGAGAAGAUCUAAUUGCCAUUAUGGAUCAUGUGGCUAUUCAAGUUGAUAAUCCUUUAAACGUGUUGUCGCAGGAUACCGCACGACAAUUCCUACAUACAUCUAGUGCUGAGGACAAAUAUAAGUUCUUCAUGAAAGGUACACAGCUCACACAACUAAGUGAAGAUUACGAACUAAUUCGUGAGAGCAUUGAAGCUAUUCAUAGUAUUAUGAAGAGAAAGAAGGAACUGUUACCUGAACUUCACAAAGAAGCAAAGGAUGCCGAAAUGAAAUAUAAAGAGAUGCAACAGGCUAGAGAAUUGGAGGUGACUGUUGCGCGGUUGAAGAAUGAAAUGGCCUGGGCGCAAGUAGAUGAAAUUGAAUAUCAAGUGGAAGAAGCUGUGAGACAAGUUGAAAGAGCAAAAUUACGUCUACCAGCUGUCGAGAUAGAACUAACAAAAGCCACUGCCGAUCUCCAAGAGGUCAAUGAAGCCAUUAAUGGAUUAGAACGACAGAUCCAUGAACAAGCAGAAGCUGCUCAACCGCUUCAGAAUAAGAAGAAGGAAAUAGCUGACGCUAUAAAAGAGAAUAGACAACGGUUGCAGGAUAUUCAGCGUGAAGAAAAAGAGAUCAAUGACUUCAUUGUCGACAAAAGAUCCACCGUUGAGCAACACCGUGCCAAAAUAGAGGCAGAAACACGCAGACUUGAACUGUUGAAUCGUGCACGUCACGAGGAGAUUGUGUCUUCUCUUGCUUCGGCGGAAACGGAACAGGCCUCUACUGAGGCACGUCUUCAAGCUGCUAGAUCUCAAAGUCGCGAAGCAAGUGAAGCUCUUGAAAUUGCUCACAAUCAAAAGAGAUCUGUUGAUGAAAACAUUGGCCGCGUUCAGCGUGAGGUUUCCAAAGAAGAACAAGGGUUACGACAACUCUACGAUCAGAAAAGGAACAGGUUGAAUAUAUACGGUACAGCGAUACCGGCGGUCAUAGAAGCUAUAAAACGAGAGCAUCGAUGGCAUAAAGAACCCGUUGGACCAUUGGGAGUUUACGUGAAAUUGUUGAAGCCUGAAUGGGGUCCGACUUUGGAUUCAGUAAUUGGACAAAGUUUGGGUGCAUUUGGGGUAAUUGAUUACCAUGAUCAGAAGUUAUUGGCUAGUAUUAUGAGAAAAUACAAUUGUCAAUCUUCAAUACUUGUCAAUGGUCUUGACAGGUUUGAUUAUAGUCACGGCGAACCCGCGCCGAAGUUUUUAACGAUUUUACGUGUAUUGCAGAUUGACGAUGAGUAUGUAAAGAGACUACUUAUCAACAGUCUCCGUAUAGAAUCAACUAUUUUAAUCGUAAGACGUGCUGAAGCAGAUGACGUUAUGUAUAAUGAGGGGCGAGGAUAUCCUCAUAACGUCGCCCGGUGUUAUACGAUGGAUGGAUAUCGCAUUGGUUCCAAAAAUGGCGGUUUCUUAUCACAAGCAAUACCUAAACAUUACGGUACCUCUAGAUUCACCAAUGAUAUUGAUGUCCAGAUUCUCCGAACAAACCAAAGGCUAACUGAGAAUAGAAAUUUGCUCGAACGGUCCAAUAAAGAAAGUGAGAGAACCAAUGCAGAGGUCAAUAGACUGGAGAGGAAACAUGAUAUUCUCAAGGCGGAAUGUGUGACGCUCAAUCAACGAAAUGUACAGCUUCGCGCAGAAAUACAACAACUGAGAGAUAAACUCCAGGAAGAUGAACCGGCCAACAUUAGUGCACUAAUGGAUGCUAUAAAAGAAAUAGAAGCGGAAAUUGGAUUAUAUACAAAACAAUUCAUCGAGCUACGACAUCAAUCUGAUAAAAUAAAUGAGGACCAGCGUCCUCUGGUUACCAGAGCUGAAGAAGUGCAUCGGCAACUUUUGGCCAUGUCAGAAGAUGCCACUAGAUUUAGAGAUCUAGUGGAAGCAAAGGUAACUGACCGGCUAAAGCUAUCGUCCAAUAUAUCAUAUUUUACAAACAAACUUGAUGCUGAGCGCAGAAAAGUUGCCAGUUCGGAAGAAGACUUGACUAGAAAAAAGACGACGUUAGAGGAAGCAACAAGACAAGCCGAGGCUUAUUGUCCAGAACGAGUAGAAGUGUCUAAAUCAGCAAGCGUUCUUGACCGGGAAAUCAAGCAGAUUCAAUCAAGACUAGUAGAAAGAGAGAGACAAUAUGGGAAAAGCCUCGAAGAAAUAGGUGCUGAUAUGAAGAGGAAGCGUGAAGCUUAUACGCGAGCUCGGGCUGAAAUCAACAACCAAGAAGUUUUCAUUAAGGAUUUGGGCAUUGCACUGGAAAAUCGUAUGCGCAAGUGGCACAUCUUUAGACAAUACAUUGCUUUGCGAGCUAGGAUUAAUUUUUGCUGGCAGCUGUCGAAACGUGGCUUCCACGGAAAACUUAAUUUCGACCACGACCACAAAAAACUAAGUUUGAAGAUUCAAAUAGAUGAUCAAAUGGGAAAGAGUUCGAAUAAAGACCCAAGAUCGCUAUCUGGUGGCGAGAAGUCAUUCUCGACGAUAUGCUUCCUUUUAUCCCUAUGGGAAGGCAUAAGUUGUCCAAUAAGAUGUUUAGAUGAAUUUGAUGUAUUCAUGGAUGCUGUAAAUCGUCGAAUAAGCAUGAAGAUGAUGAUUGAAAGUGCACGUGAGGCCGAUUGUACUCAGUAUAUACUAAUUACACCUCAAGAUGCUAGCAGUAUAGCACCUGGACCAGAUGUACGAAUUCAUCGACUGCAUGAUCCAGAGAGAGGGCAAGCCACAUUACGACUUACAAGCGGAUAA